UUAAUAACAUGUUUAUCAACUCCGCCCGAGGAAACAACCGAUCUGGUCAUGGAUCAACAAGCUACCAUCGUCGCUCAAUCAGCUGCGUCACCUCUCAUGAUGACCUUGCCCUAUACCCUGUUGGAGCCAUUGAGGAAGAGACAACCACAACCAUUGCUACCAAUGGAGACUCCCCAGCCCCUCGGAUGGAAAGCAACGGCUCCAUGGCUCAACGUUCUGGUGAUAAUGCCGAUGACGCAAACAGCAUUGGCGCUGGCUCUCUCGGUGGAAAAAUCAAGCUUACUCCAGGCGCUCCUGGGCCACGCCGAUCAUUGUUAUCGGAUAUGCUCAACAGCCAGAACCAAAGUACCAGUCGUUUGGAACAGAAUGCUCACCGUCGUCGCAUGCUCAAGUCGAUGCGCCGAUACUCUAUAGAUGCAUCCGAGAUGAACUUUAACAUCGUGGGUUUAUACCCCUCCGGCCGCGCCUCACCCAUGAAAGGGAUUCCUUCUGAGGGUGAGGAGCCCGCUACAGCUGAUAGUGGCGCAACGGCUGGCGGUGAUGGAGGCAAUGGUGGCGGUGUCCGUACUGCACAGGAUUUCAGAGAUAUUCCCACGGUUCGUUAUCUUCGUAACCCUAUUCAAGCCACUGUUAAGACCAAACUUAUCCAAGGCAGUGUUCGACGUGGUGCUGGAGGUGACAAUGAAGCCCCUGAUUACUUUGGAACAGAAGACCGCGUCUGGUAAAAAGAAAGCGCUCUCUGUCAUCUUCACCAUGCCAGUUGUCCAAGCUGACUGGAACGAGAAAAAAAAAAUUGAAGAGGGAGGAUCUCGAAC